CGCGGUGGGCAGGUGUGCGUGAGGGAGACGUCAGCCCCUUAGAGCCUUGCAGGGGCAAUUAAAAAUCUCCGGGGCUUGGCAAGAUCAGAUGGUUGGGUGCAGAUUUCUCUCUCAAGGGGUGGUGACAGAGCCACAGAGAAGAGCCGGCUGAGCCUGGGAGCCCUGGUGGUGGGGUGAGCCCCCAGCUCGCAGCAGACGCAGAAGUGGCUGGAGAAAGAGCUGGCCAGGCUCAUGAAUGGGGAAUUAGCAGUUGGAAAGAUGGCUUCCUCCACCAGUCUCACGUGCCCUACCGACAGCCUGGAACUCUUGGAUCUCCUGUUUGACCGGCAGGACGGCAUCCUGAGACACAUAGAGCUGGGCGAGGACUGGGGCCACGUUGAGGACCAGGUCCUGCCAGGCCCGAACUCUGAUGAUUUCCUCAACUCCAUCCUGGGUUCUGGCGAAUCAGUGCCCAGCUCCCCGACCUGGUCUCCUGCGGCCAGUGACAGUGGCAUCUCAGAAGAUCUGCCCUCCGACCCCCAGGACACCCCUCCACACAGUGGGGUGGCUGCCACCCCAGUCAGCUGCCAUAGCACAGAGUCUGGCAAGGGGCCCUGCCCCUCCUACCAUACUGGCCCUGCCUGCCCCACCAGGAACCUUGGGCCAGUGGCCCAAGGGCUUGAGGCUUCCGUUGCCAUAGACCUGGAAAUGUGGAGCCCAGGCCUCUACGCCGGGGAGCAGGCUGAGCUGGCCAACUCACCCCCACACUGCAACCUCACAGUGAAAGACCUCCUCCUCUCUGGCAGUGGCGGGGACUUGCAACAUAACCUGGCAGUCCCCAACCUGUUGCGCCUUGGGACCGGGCACAGCCAGGAGCUGGUGCUGACAGAGGACGAGAAGAAGCUGUUGGCCAAAGAAGGCAUCACCCUGCCCACCCAGCUUCCCCUCACCAAGUAUGAGGAGCGAGUGCUGAAGAAAAUCCGCCGGAAAAUUCGGAACAAACAGUCAGCCCAAGAAAGCCGGAAAAAGAAGAAGGAAUAUAUUGAUGGCCUGGAAACUCGGAUGUCAGCCUGCACUGCCCAGAACCAGGAACUUCAGAGGAAGGUCUUGCAUCUUGAGAAGCAGAACCUGUCCCUCUUGGAGCAGCUGAAGAAACUCCAGGCCAUCGUGGUCCAGUCCACCAGCAAGUCGGCUCAGACGGGCACCUGCAUAGCGGUCCUGCUCUUCUCCUUCGCCCUCAUCAUCCUCCCCUCCAUCAGCCCUUUCGCCUCCAACAAAGCCGAGAGCCCCGGAGACUUCGUGCCUGUACGAGUUUUCUCCAGAACUUUGCACAACGAUGCUGCAUCCCGUGUGGCUCCCAACACCGUGCCAGGCUCCGAAACCCCAGGACAUGGGCCCAAGGCUGGCACACUUCAGGAAGGGCCUCCAAGCAGCCCUCAGGGGGAAUGGGGAUCCCGGGACCCGCCGGCUCCGGACAACUCGACGGAGGAUCUGGACAACGGGACCCUGGUCCAGGGCAACUCCAUGAAGGAGCUGGACCGGGCCGCCCUCCUAGACUGUGCCCGGCCUGAACAAGCACUUGGCCCAGGGCGCGUGGGGCUGGAGGUAGCAGUGGGGGAGCUGUGAGCACCACGGGUACGUGCCCCCAGGCCCCUCUAGUCGGGUGCUGCAGUGGACAGAGACAGGCACAGGGAUCCGAGGUGAGGGAGAGACCCCGGCGAUGGUGUCAGGAUGGAGACACGCAGACUCACAGCUUCA